AUGGAUCGUUUUAUUUUCUAUGACCAAUUUGUAUUGUUCUUCAAGAUCGCCUUAAGGUUCCUCACCUGCAACAGCUUUUAUGCCAAAGUGUCAGACCUGCACACUGAACUUUACAAAGGCCGGGCGACUGCGAUGGCCAACCCUCUGGUGGCUUUCACCCUGAUCAAGCGGCUGCAUUCAGAGUGGCUGAACGUAGUCCACAGCAACGAAGCCCAGGAGAACACACAAGCCCUCAGGUCCAGUUACGAGAAGGAAGAGGCGGAUCUGCCCAAACUGGAAGACCUCCAGGGGGCCGCCCAGGGGCUGAUGAGGCUGCAGGAUGUGUAUGUUCUCCAGGUAGCCAGCCUCGUAAGGGGUCUUUUCCAGAGAGUGACUGAAGGCCAGCCUAUUGAUAUCUACAGGCCUGCGGUGCCUGUCCCGCUGUCGGGGGAUGACUGCUUCCUGGUUGGAAAGGUGGCCUACGAGCAGCAAGACUACUACCACUCGGUGCAGUGGUUGGAGGAGUCGGUGCGUCUCUUCAGGGGCGCAGGAGGCGAGUGGAUUCCAGAGAAUGCAGGCACUUUAGAGGAUGCUCUGGAUCACCUGGCCUUCUCUCAUUUUAAAACGGGAAACAUCUCCUAUGCUCUCAGUUUAUCCCAGGAGUUACUGCAUCAUGAUCCAAUGAAUGGAAGGGUUUUGCAGAAUGUUGAGAAAUACGAGAGGCUGCUGGUUAGGAGCCCACCCUUAUCAAUCACAGACCAUGGUCUGAAGAGACCCACCUCAAAUAAUUUAAGGACCAGGGACACUUACGAGACACUCUGCCAGACCCAAGGCUCUCAGCAAAUGCAUUUUAAAAACCCCAGACUAUUCUGCGACUUCUUCACCAAUGGAAAUCCUGGACUGCUACUGCUGCCAGUGAGACGUGAAGUGCUGAGCCUGCAGCCGUAUGUGGUCCUGUACCACAACUUCAUCACUGACACAGAGGCUGAGGACAUCAAGAUCACCGCUCACGCAGGAUUGAGACGAUCUGUGGUGGCAGCUGGAGAGAAACAAGCAACAGCAGAGUACCGCAUCAGCAAGAGUGCAUGGCUGAAGGACUCAGCCCACUCCACAGUUGGGAAGCUGGACCAGAAGAUCUCCAUGCUCACAGGUCUGAAUGUGAAGCAUCCAUAUGGCGAGUACCUCCAGGUUGUGAAUUAUGGGAUUGGAGGCCACUAUGAGCCGCACUUUGACCAUGCUACAUCGCCUUCAAGUCCAGUGUUCAAGCUAAAAACUGGGAAUCGAGUUGCAACCUUCAUGAUUUAUCUCAGCUCGGUAGAGGCAGGUGGGUCCACAGCCUUCAUCUACGCCAACUUCAGUAUUCCAGUCGUGGAGAAAGCGGCCAUUUUCUGGUGGAAUCUGCAUAGAAAUGGUCAAGGGAACGAAGACACGCUUCAUGCUGGUUGCCCAGUGCUUAUUGGGGACAAGUGGGUGGCAAACAAAUGGAUCCAUGAGCAUGGCCAAGAGUUCCUUCAUCGCUGCAGCCUGAAUCCUGAGGAGUGAGAGGAGUGGAGCGAUUGCUGGGCCCCUUUGGAGUACAAGAGCCAGCCUCCACAAUUGAGAGGCACGUUUGCAGGCAGAGAGAAGGAGGGAGCCAGAACAUAAGCCCACAGGCAGGGGAGGGUACAGCCGUAUAGGGGCAGCCAGUGAUUGGAGCCCCGGGCCCAUGGGAGCCCGAAGCGUACAGUGCUGUGGUGGACAUGGAUAGCACAAGGCUGAGAGGCGGGAUAGAAGAGGCUGUUGGCAAUAAUCCCCAGAGGCCAAAAGCUCUCUUGCUCUUACUCGCCAGGUUCUGCAGAUGGAGUGAGGCCUCUGCCUUCACACACUGUGCUGGAUUCAGUUAACUGUGCAGGGGCUGUUUGCUUCUCUCGCUUCAAAACUGACAUUUUAUGCAGCCCCUUUCCUACACUGGGCAAACUUAAGGGUCUGCCAUCACAUAUCAACACAGCUGUACCUUGUGCAAACUCUAAGAACCUUCAUUCUAAUGUGUAUAAGUUUACAAAGAUUCCUGUGCCUGAAUCACAGUGAAAUGUUUAUAAAACGAUGCACAAGGAAAGGAGAAUGUUGUGCAAGUCAAUUUAUUUAUAAAAAGGCUUUUAAGGGCUGGAACAAUCAGAUAUAGAGUAUGUGAACUUGUUGUACAGAGUUUUAUUUUAAGGUAAUAUCUUUGUUCACUGCAGCUAAGCAACAGAGAUUGGUUCAAGUUAUUCUACAAUGGGUCAUCUCAGACCCCCGGACUGCAGCUCUGACUGGUGCUAUGAGUCAAAGGACCCAGUCAUUGUGAGCGUGCAUGUUUAUUACCAGCUGACUAAAUGAUAUAGUCACUACUUCCUGUGAGAUCAUUUCUUUAAAUAAAUGGUUGUCUAAUCAUGGAACAGUUAA